AUGUCGGAGCGCAGUUUCACCGAACUGGCACAAAAAGUGCUCGACCACUGUGUGCUGGAAAGACAAAACAUACCAUCGCAACCGAUUGUCAAAGUAAUCCCCAGGGAAAAAGAGAAAGACAUAGGAAAUAUCGCAAGACCGCCUCAGCUUCCAGCCUCAAUUGACACCACUCUUUCGAAUGCAGAGACAAUUUUUGGUUAUCGGGUCCGCAUGGACCAUCCAAAGUUCUUCGGCUUUAUUCCUUCGCCAGCAUCUGAUCUGUCCUGGUUGGGCGAGGUUCUCAACUCGGCUUACAACACACAUGCUGGUAGCUGGUUCCAAAGUUCCGGACCUAGUGCCGUGGAAAAACAUUUUUUAUCAUGGUUGACUAGGGACAUAAUCAGAUAUCCUGAGACAGCUGGAGGGUGUUUUGUUUCCGGCGGCUCAAUGGCCAAUCUGUCCGCUCUCAUGCUGGCACGGGACCAGAAGCUUUCACUGGAAGAAAGAAGCAAGGCAGUCGCAUACACAUCGAGUCAAACACAUUCAUCGUUAGCAAAAGGUUUGGGCAUUCUUGGAUUUCACCCUGCCCAAAUUCGCAAAGUCGCCUGCGAUGACAGCAUGCGUAUUGACACGACAUUGCUAAGGUCAGCUAUUGAAGAAGACAAGGCUGCGGGCAAAGUCCCAUUCCUCAUUGUUGGUAACGCUGGGACUACAAACACUGGCACCGUUGAUCCAUUCACAGAACUCGCGGCCAUCGCCAGAGAACAAAGCUUAUGGCUUCAUGCUGAUGGUGCGUACGGUGCAUCUGCUCUGCUUUGCCAAGCACGCCGCGCCGUUCUUAAUGGUGUUGAGCUCUGUGAUAGCAUUUCGUGGGAUGCUCAUAAGUGGCUCUUCCAAACAUAUGGCUGCGGGAUGGUUCUCGUGCGACAUCGCAAAUUUCUUACAGAAAGCUUUGGGACAACUGCAGAGUAUACUCAGGACGCCGCCGAGACAGCUGAGUCGCUACCAAAUUUCUGGAAUUAUGGACCCGAACUUACGCGGCCGGCAAGAGCAAUGAAAUUGUGGUUCUCUUUUCAACUCUUAGGGUUGGAUGCAAUCGACAAAGCUAUCAAUCGCGGGUUUGAACUGGCGGAGAAAGCGCAAUCAUCAUUACAGUGCCUAAAGGACUGGGAAAUCAUGUCUCCAGCACAGAUGGGCAUCAUUUGUUUCCGGUUUCACCCUCCCCAUGUUCCUGCCGCAAGUCUAGAUGAUUUGAAUAUGAAAAUUUCACAAACGGCAAUUGAGAAAAACCUGGCAGCGCCUUUGACAACAAGGAUACGGGGAGUUUUAGUACUCAGGAUAUGCUCAAUCCAUCCAGAUUUAAGCGAUGAAGAGAUGGUGGCUGUGAUAAACGGGCUAGACCAGCUUGCACAUUUGCUUCUAUCUAGGGUUAGCAAGGAUGGUAUAGCUGAAUAA